AUGCAUCUCAACGAAAAAGCAUCUCGGCUCUUAAAAACAUCAAUUGGAAAUAUAAUUGGCACUUCUCUAUUAAAUUUCAUUCCACAACCUUUUGAUGUUUGCCACUUGAAAUCAAUUAAAGAUUUUGUAUUCAAUAGCAGCACGAUUGAUCUUGUUUCACACAAAUAUUUAUUUUUCCAAAAUGUUGAAGGACAUUUAGUUGAAUGUAACUUUUUAAUAAAGUUGACAGCUUUCCAUAACUGUGCAUAUUUUCUGAUUUCUUUUGAACAAAGGAAAACUUCACGCGAAAUUGCAAUAAUUUCGGAUGAAGGACUCAUCACUGGGCAUUCUGGCUCCCCCUCCGUGAGUGAACAAAAAAACCGUUAGAAAAAUCCCUAUUUUUUGCCCAAAAACCCAUCUGUAGCGAACAAAAAUUUUUUAUGGAAAAAAAAUUUGAUAUAUAAGUGAUAUUAUUAUAAUAAAUUCUCGAGCUAAUUCUGUCUAUUUUAAACAAAUUGCGUUUUAAACAUAAAUUUUAUAAAUUAAAUUAAUAUUUGCUUUCCAAUUUUUGCGAAUUAGGAUUUUUUUAAAAUUUCGAAAAACAUUUUUUCUAUAAAAUUUAUAUAUAAAUUUUUUUAAAAAAAAAAUAACCCCUCUGUGAGCGAACAAAAUAUUUUUGUUUGCUCACGGAGGGGGAGGAGUGAGCUGUUUCCUUUUUAUAUCGGCUCAGAAUCAAAAAGCUUAAAAGGCCAAAACUUGUCAACUGUAGUCCCUGUUUUAGAAAUAAAUAAAAUGCAAGACUAUGAGCCUUGGAUCCUCCCUUUUAAUGAUGGGGAACUUGCUUUUAUUCAUAAAAUUAGAGAAAUUAAGUCAACAGCAAUACAUGAGUUAAUUAUCAUUCACGAUCAACAAGAAAUAAAAAACUGAAAAGAAGGGAUUGACCAGGACCAAUUAGCCUAUUUUGCAGACCAAGAUGUUACUUGUGAUUAUGACCAAACUCAAUCUGAUAUGGAUAUUAAAAGAAGAGGCAUGCAAGUGAGAUACCACUCAGUCAGUAAUUUCUCUCUUUCAGGCAAAUCUUUUGAUAAAGUUGAAACAGAAUAUUUAACUAAUAAUGAUAUGGUCCAAACAAAAGAAUUAUUAAACUCUUGCAGGAGCCAAGACAAAAAAUCACUUACGGAAGACCAUUCGAAAUCAUCAGUAGGAUAUAAACUUCCUAAUCAGGCUAAAAUGCUGCUAGUAGAGUCUAAAAGAAAAAUAAGAGUUCUGCAAGUUGUGCUAUUCCUUGUGGUAAGAAAAAAUUAGAUGUCGUCAGUUAUUGUAACUGUUGGAGCAAUUUUAGGGUAUAUGAUAACUGAUGUGUCAUAUACGACGUCUCUGAGUUCCUUUAAAGACCUAGGCCAGCUUUUGUAUAAUCUUGGACUUUCCGCAGACUUAGCAAGAAUUAUCGACAGAGUAGUCAUCUUGCCAGAUUCUACUCCUGAGCAAUUCAAGAAAUCAAUUGACGAUUUAAUAAAUUUAAUCACAGACUUAGAAACUGUUCAAGGAACCAUUUUUGAAGAUUUUGACCAGUGGAGCUAUUGCUCAAGCGCAGAUAUCGUGACAAAUUCUAUUAUCCCUUUAAUAUAUUAUGAUGAAAUUGAGCCUAGAGUAAAAUACUCAAAUUUAUAUGACGCAGUAUCAGAAAUAAUUUUAAAUGUAAUUUCUAUACAGUGCAAAAGUAUGAUUAAGGCAGUUUCAGAAAAAGAAUACUAUCUUAAUUAUGUCAGAUUUAUUUUUCUUAAUGGCAUAGGAAAUCUUUUUAAUCAUGCAAAUUCGACAAUGGAUGGAAUAGUUAAUUGUGAAAUGGAACGAGUGAAAAAUACUGGAAAAAAUAUAAACAUUCUGCUAAUAUGUGGAUUUAUUACACUUGGCAUACUAGUUUUAGUAAUUAUUGGAUACAUUAUUUUGGUUUCCCAAAAGCAUGAUGAGUUUUGGAAUUUUAUUUUAAAUAAUGCACAGUGGGCACUAGCUAAACUCAAAAGUUCAGCUGCUGAUAGGCUUAUACUCAUUCAUGGAAUAGAUUAUAACUCCGAGUUGAGCAUUGAUAUAUUGGGAAGCCGCACAAAACGAAAAGUAAGAACUUCUAUUUACUUGCAUUAUAUUUGAAGAGUUAUGAUUUUUUUUGCAAUUGCUGCUUCUUAUUAUCUUUUAAUAUACUGCUACUUAUAUCCAAAUUGCGAAACUUUAAUGAUAAACCGCCCAAAGCUUCUCAGCAACUUUAACAUAAGACGGUCAAAUCUAAGAAGAUUAUCAAUGUUUUCUAGAGAAAUACUUGCUCAUUAUAUAGAAUUCCGGAUGCCUCACUAUUUUGAAUUUGCAAAUGCUUGAACAAUGGUUAGAGACGCUGAAAAUAUUAUCAAAUUAAAACAUAAAGAGCUUAGAGAAAGCGAAUUGAGAGAAUUAAUGUCAUCAGAAUUAGAAGAAAAAAUUUACGAAAGUGUGGAAUCCAGUAGCGAAAUUCUUAAAUAUGGAUCAGAAGCUGCUAUUAAUUCAAUUAUUGACGAUUGUGAGAAUCAAGGAUAUUACAAAUUUUUACCUACUGCCUCUGCUUUUGCAUUGCUUGCAGAUGUAGUAAUAAUUCAAAAUGAAAUAAGCUAUGAGUUUGAAUUGGCAGAUCGUGAUUCCAAGGAUCUUAUAAAAGAGAGACUAAAUUCAAUUGUAUAUACAACCGCAGCUUAUUCAGUAACAAUGUGUGCAUUAUUCUUUUGCUAUUAUUUACCAUAUUUGAAUAAACAAGUAAAGCAGCUUAACCGCUUCUCAAUACUUUCAACAAUUUUGCCAAUGGAACCCGAAUAA